GCGUGUGAGUGCGUUUAUGGACGCGAUGGAAGAAGAGCUGAAAUGCCCGGUUUGCGGUUCUCUUUUUAAGGAGCCCAUUAUUUUACCGUGCUCUCACAAUGUUUGUCUGGCGUGUGCCCGAAACAUCAUCGUGCAGACCCCGGAGGGGGAGACCCCACCGCAGAGCCGGAGCUCCGGCACCUCGGACUACGACAACCUGGAUAUGGAUAAGAUGAGCAUGUACAGCGAGACGGAUAGCGGCUACGGUUCAUAUACGCCGUGCCUGAAAUCUCCCAACGGGGUGCGGGUGUUCCCGCCGGCGCUGGUCCACCGUCACUGCUCCAUCACAUGCCCGCUGUGCCACUGCAGCGUGUCUCUGGACGAGCGGGGGCUCCGGGGGUUCCAGCGCAACCGGCUGCUCGAGGCGAUCGUGUCCCGGUACCAGCAAAGCCGCGCCGCCUCCGUCAAAUGUCAGCUGUGCGACCGCAAUCCGGUGGACGCCACGGUAAUGUGCGAGCAGUGCGAUGUAUUCUACUGCACUCCGUGUCAACAGCGGUGUCACCCCUCCCGCGGACCGCUGGCCAAGCACCGGCUAGUUCCGCCGACUCAAGCGCAGGUGGGGAGCACGCAGCCGGCCGGCUCCUCCGCUCGUAAACAGGCGAUGUGCGUGGACCACGAGGUGGAUAACUACAGCAUGUACUGCGUCAGCUGCAAGACCCCCGUGUGCUACCAGUGUCUGGAGGAGGGCAGACACGGCAAACACGACGUGAAGCCCCUUGCCGCCAUGUGGAAACAACACAAGUGUCAGCUGUCCCAGGCGUUGAAUGGAGUGUCUGACAAAGCUAAAGAAGCCAAGGAGUUCCUGGUGCAACUGAAAAACUUGCUUCAGCAGAUACAGGAAAAUGGGGUUGAGUUUGAAGCGUGUCUGGUCGCACAGUGUGACUCCUUGAUUGAAGCUCUCACGCGGCAGAAGGCCAAACUUCUCACCAAGGUCACCAAGGAGAAAGAGUGCAAACUGAAGACUGUAAAGGAUCAGAUUACCCACUGCACAAUGAGGCUGCGACAGACCACCGGAAUGAUGGAAUUCUGUCUGGAGGUUAUUAAAGAGAACGACCCAAGUGGAUUCCUACAGAUCUCAGAAGCAUUGAUAAAGCGUGUCCAGGCCUCACAGGAGCAGUGGGUAAAAGGUGCUUUGGAACCAAAGGUCUGCCCAGAAUUCGCCUUGACCAUCAACACAGAUCCUCUGAUGCAGUCUAUUCUCCAGCUGGACUUCACCCAUAGUAAAGAUGGUCAGGAGGCUGCAUUAUUGACACAAAUACUUGCAGGUGGCCAGAAAGAGGCGGAGAACACAGGAGCAGAAAUUCCCACAGUUCCUCCUGCUCCACUGUUGCAGUUGGAAAAGUGUUGCACACGGAACAACAGUGUCACUCUGGCCUGGAGGAUAACUACAGUCCAGGCCUUGCCUGUAGAAGCAUACAUACUGGAGCUGGAUGACGGCAAUGGCGGACCUUACCGGGAGGUAUACAUGGGUAAAGAGACCGUCUGUACAGUGGACGGCCUUCAUUUCAACAGUUCGUACAACGCUCGCGUCAAAGCUUAUAACUCUACUGGUGUGGGAGCCUACAGCAAGGUUGUUGUUCUGAAGACAUCUGAUGUCGCAUGGUUCACCUUUGACCCCACAUCAGCUCACAAAGAUAUUGUCCUGUCCAAUGAAAACCAGACGGUGACCUGUAACAGUUACGAUGAUCGGGUGGUGCUUGGAACCGCUGCCUUCUCCAAGGGCAUACAUUACUGGGAACUUAGCGUGGAUCGCUAUGACAACCACCCUGAUCCUGCAUUCGGUGUGGCACGGAUUAAUACGUUGAAGGACAUGAUGCUAGGGAAGGAUGAUAAGGCCUGGGCCAUGUAUGUGGACAACAAUCGCUCCUGGUUCAUGCACAACAACUCCCAUACCAACAGGGCUGAAGGUGGCAUCACAAAGGGUUCGACCGUGGGGAUUCUGUUAGAUCUAAUAAAACACACGCUGACCUUUUUCAUCAAUAAACAGCAGCAUGGACCUAUGGCUUUUGAGAAUCUAGAGGGUGUUUUCAUGCCUGCCGUGAGCCUCAACCGCAACGUCCAGGUGACUCUGAUCACAGGACUUGAAGUCCCAAAGCACAUUAUGUGAUGAUUUUUUUCCAGUGAGUAGAGUCAGACCUUUCGCAUCACACAACAGUAAAUGUUCCCUCUCUAUGUUGUGCUUUUGUACGGUGCGGAUGUAUAAAACUGGUAAAACUUUAAUGGGACUUUCUUGGAAUAUUUGCUUUAGUUAAUGUUUUUCGCUCAUGGUCGCAUUGAUUUGCAUAUCAGUGUUUACAAAUCAUCCUAUGUUUACAAACAAACAAACCACAGGAUAUGGGGGCUGAAGCUGGAGUCAGACCCCAGAGCACUUUUAAGUAGAGUUCUAUCUGUGUUUCACAUACAUCCAGUGAAAUAUAUCUUUACAUGUCUCCUAGGUGGAAUCUCAUGAAGUUUUUGUCAUAACCAACGAUGAGCAGCAGGACAUUUUGUCGAUCACUUAGUUUCUGUUUCUGCAGCGUCACACUGGGCAGCUCUGCCCACCUUAAAAUCACGUUGUUCAAAAAUCCCGCUCCACAUAGCUGUACAACCCCAA